CAACGGCUACUCUGUGGCUCAAGAUGGAGGAUCCGGGGGACACCACCUGUAAUAUUGUGAUCAGCACUGAACCAUCACCUCACAGGAAGCCCAUCAUCUUUGAUCCAGACUUCUUUGUGGAAAAACUUCGUCAUGAGAAGCCGGAAGUCUUUCUAGAGCUAGUUGUGAGCAAUCUGACACGCCUAAUUGACCUGCCUGGCACAGAAUUUUCUCAGCUCAUUGGUGAUGAGGAGCCCAAGUUGCCGACUAACACCAGUUUCUUCCGCUCAUUUAAUUUCCUGAAGCGCAAAGAAAAGGGAGUUGUAUUUGGAGCUCCACUGACGGAAGAGGGAAUCGCUCAGGUUUAUCAGCUCAUUGAGUAUCUUUACAAAAACCUCCAUGUAGAGGGCCUGUUUCGUGUUCCUGGGAAUAUUGUGCGACAGCAGACCCUGAAGGAAGCCUUAAACACUGGAGCAGACGUAGACCUGGAUUCUGGGGAAUUUCAUCCAAAUGAUGUAGCCACUUUGCUGAAAAUGUUCCUUGGAGAGCUUCCAGAACCACUUCUCAGUCAUCGGCACUUUAAUGCCCACCUCAAAAUAGCAGGUCUAAUGGUGUUUGAUGCCACGGGGAAAAAGCCCAUUCCUGACAAGGAGCGUCGGAUUGAGGCUCUCCAACUGCUGUUGCUGUUGCUACCCUCGGCUAGUCGGAACUUGUUGAAGUUACUGUUAGACCUGCUGUACCACACUGCCAAACAACAGCACAGGAACAAGAUGUCUGCCUCCAACCUGGCACUAAUGUUUGCCCCACACAUCAUCUGGCCCAGAAAUUUGGUUGCUGCUGAUCUCCAGGAGAAUAUCACCAAGCUGAAUAAUAGUGUGGCAUUCCUGAUUAAACAUUCCCAGAAGCUUUUCCGGGCCCCAGCAUACAUCCGGGAACUUGCCAGACUACAGUUCACAGGAUCAAAAAUUGCAGUUUCAAAGGAUGACCUGGAUCUGACACCAAUCCCAGACUGCCCAAACUUGCUUUCGGUGAGUGGUAUGAAGCGGAGCCGCCUGCAUUCAGUGGCGAGGCAUGAAGAGACCCAGCAGCGGACUGAGGAAGCCCUGAGGGAAUUGUUUAAGCAUGUCAGCAACAUGCCUGAUUCUGCCAAAAAGAAGAAACUCGUGAGACAGUUUAAUAAAAACUCUGUGGCCGGAACUCCUGAAGGAUUUGCUUCGCCCAGAAGCAAGAAGCAUGUGCGCUCCCGGUCAUUUGGAGGCCUCAUUAAGCGUAAAGUUUUAGGUGGUCACUACGCAUCAGAAAGAAAGAGCAGGAUUCUGCUAUCUGAUGUGGCGACUCAGAGCUGUGAGCAGCCGAGGGAACAAGGGAAGGAGAAUCUGGAACAGAAUCCUGUGGAACUGUCAUCUCUGCACCUCAGCCACCUCCGGUCAAAUUCAACAGAUGAGAUUCUCAGUGAGAGGAAGCAGGAAGUGCCCAGAGGGAUUCGAAUGGUCAUAACACAGGAGUCAGCCAUGUAGCCCCAGUAAAAUGGUGAAGAUUCGUCCGAGAGUCAGGACAGCCACUGAUGUGAACUUAAGUAUUGUUUACAAAGACGACGUAGAAUUAAUUCCCUGUGGAAACAAGACAAAUUUUAUACAGUCUGGGAUAAAACUGGCUGAUGCAUAUCAAGGGACAAUGGAUCGUUGGUUAAACGACUCAUCUCCAGGGAUGAGCUUGGAUACAUGGAUUUAAAGGGCUUGGGUGUGAGAAGUGAGUGUGAGAGGUAAGUUGCAGAAAUGUGGUGAGUGACUGAAAAUGAGCCUGCUGCUUUGACAAUUGUUUCCAGAACAUUUAAAUAAUUGGCUGUUACUACAUAAAAUGCUACCUGUGCAGAAUACAACACCACCUUUCACUAAGUCUUAAUACAGAAAAACAUACAACCAAAACAAAAGCUCAUCAGCGUGAGGGGUGGGGGUCAGGAGUGUGGUGGUGUUGUGAAGAGAAUUGUGGAUUGUUUCCAUGUCAUUGAGGGUCAGGUUUCUAGACGGCAUCUUAGGCUGAGCUAGAGUCAGUAUUUGCAAAGCUGCCCCAGCAGACCAUUGACUGAUGUCAUUAAUUUACUGAUCUUUAUUUUGUGUUGUGGACUUGCAGGGCCAGGCAGUACAAAGGUGUGUCAGUAACAGUUUAAGUGAGACACUCCUGCCUGCCUGCCUGCAGAGAAAUACAACUUUCAAGUCAGCGGGAGAGUUUAGUGUCUUGGUGCGGGGAAGAUGCAGUGAGCUUAUGGGAAGAGGUCAUGUUGGAAGGUUGAUGUUAAAGGUCAAGAGAUAAUAGUGGAAAGUAUAAACUGAUAGAAAUCCAUUGAUAAAAUACUUAAUCUAAUUUUUACUGAAUCAAUAUGUUGUUUGAGGGUGCUGGACUUGCAUCUAUCUUAUUAACCAGGUCCAAGACCAGUCUCUGUAUUCUAGACUAAUGUCGUGUUAAAUUGGCCUAUGGCGUUUGCUGGCUGCCCAUGGGUGUAUAGGAGGAGAAUGAAACUUGGUUUUGUGAACUGGGAGACCAGAUUCCUGGUCUAACUGCUUCUCUACAUCACAUUGGUCUUAGCCAGACCUUGGUUUUAAUCUGUCGACUGAGAUAUAAUGGGCUCAGUUAAAUUGCACUGUACAAUGCAUACCUGUUAGACCCCAUAAAUUGAGUCUGUGUGAUGUUAGUCUAAUGUUGGUGCUUUUUCCUAAUGAACUGGCAUAUGUUUGAGUGAAUUGGCUCUGAAAUAAUGUGAAUCUUUUGUACUGUGAGUGGCUAUAGCCUCCAAACUUUUAACAUCCAUGUGCUUGUAUUUAUGCAAUGUAUACUAGAACUUUUUGUUUAUAUUUUUGUAUUACAAGGCAAUAAUUCACUUUUGGUAAAAUGAAAGAUACCAACA